AAACACCCUUUUGGGUUGAACUCAGCCAUAAAACCCACAGAAGGAAGAAGGAACGCAACAGAUAUUUGUGAAGGCGCUUUCCAACGACAUAUACUUUUUAAAUACGGAUAUAGCUUAAGAAAACGGUUGUAGUUUAAUUAGCAAGAUGUAUAGACCUAAUUUGAUGUUUUUUGUUUUAUAUUUUUCACUAGAAUGUAUUUGCCGGAGCCAAAGCGACAUCUACUCCCUGAAUUACAUCUACACUGCCCUGUCAAAGCCACUAGAAUUGCCUGGUAUCCAUGAGUUCACUGCCAUGGGUCUGAUGAACAACAGACAGAUUGAUUACUAUGACAGUGUGUCAAAGAAGAAGAUUCCCAAACAGGACUGGAUGAGGGAGACGCUGCCAGCAGACUACUGGGAAAAAGGUACUCAGUCACGCAAGAGCAAGGAGCAGUGGUUCAAAGUCAACGUCAACAUCCUGAUGGAUCGCAUGAGGCACAACAACACUGAUGUGCAUAUUCUUCAGUGGAAACAUGGUUGUGAGAUUGAACGGCAGAGUGACGGCAAAGUGAAAUUCAUAAAGGGCACCGACCAAUACAGCUACGAUGGUGACGACUUCCUGGCCUUUGAUGAUGUCACUAUGCAGUGGGUGGCCCCAGUUGUUCAAGCUCAGAUGACUAAGAGGAAGUGGGACGGGGUGCAGAUCCUCAACCAGUACACCAAGGGAUACCUGGAGAAGGAGUGUGUGGACUGGCUUUCCAAAUUCAUGGAAUAUGGGGACAAAGAAAUCAGUAGGGCUGAUUCCCCUCCAAAUGUCUAUGCAUUUGCUAAAAAGGCCAAAACUGCAGGACAUGUCCGACUGACCUGCAUGGCCACAGGUUUCUAUCCCAAAGAUGUAGAAAUGCAUAUUAAGAAGAAUGGUGUUACAUUAACCACACAUGAUGGAGUGCAGUCUACAGAAGUCCUACCCAAUGAUGAUGACACCUACCAGAUCAGGAUGAGUGUGCAGAUCCCAGAGGCAGAUAAGGAAACUUAUGAAUGCUCUGUCAGCCAUAAAACUUUGAAGAAGCCAUUUGUGGUAAAAUGGGAUGGAGAAUGUUGUGAUUGCAGUAGUUUCGGUGCUAUAAUCAUUGGGUCAGUCAUCGCCAUUAUUGUAGUUCUGAUCUUGCUUUCGGGGGUCCUGUUUGUUCUGCACAAAAGAGGGACAAUUGGUAGGUCUUGA